AUGGAACUAACCCCCAGACGUCAUGAACUACUUUGUACAUACCUUCUCGGAAUCGGAACACUCUUUCUCUACACUGGAUACUCCCUUCAACAAUUCAUUGGAGAGUCAGUCAUCCACUCGAUCCAUGAGAAAUCACCAGACACUAUCUCAGCGUACGCCGGUUAUUAUGGAGCGGCAUUCCACCUGUCGGCCUUCGCCCUCUGUACCCUUGUCACCCCAUCCCUUCAACAUUUCGUUCCGAGUAAAUGGUUCCUGACACUGGCUUCUGCACUUUUUGCAGUCUAUUAUCUUGGAUUUUUCCAUUUGAACAAGUACUAUUUCUACCUGACACAAGCCCUCAUGGGUAUCGGAUAUUCAUUCUACAACAACGGUGAAGGACAGUAUCUAUCAGAGCACUCUUCUCGUCGAACAAUCGAAUCGAACACUGGAAUUGAGACAGCUGUCGGACAUGCGAGCAUGUUUUUCGGAGGAAUUGCACUCAUCGUUUUGUGUUUUCUUCUUCAUACUGAAGGUGGAAAUGGUAUCGAGUACUCGGAUUUGCAAAUCAGAUUCAUCUACGGAACAAUGUUCAUUCUGAAUGUGUUUUCUGUCGUAGUCUUCGCUUUCCUCCCUACAAAACAGUAUGAUUCAAUCGCUUCGAAGUCUUCAACUGUGGUCCCAUCACUUGCCAAUCAAAUUAAACAAUUUCUCAAAGCAUUCCAAUCGAAGAAUCUGUUGAUUCUGAUGCCAUUCUUCUUCUUCCAAGGAUUCGCAGUAUCAUUUCUGAUGACUGUUUACCCAACAACACUCUCUUUCACAUAUGCAUUCAAAACUGAUAUUUAUAUUAUUGGAAUCUAUUCAGUUUCUAUGGGAAUCGCCGAGGCUAUUGGUGGAAUAUUCCUCCGCCCCCUUCUGAAACGUGCCGGUGACUAUGGUCUCUAUGUGAUUGCUGCUACCAACUUCCUCUCCUACUCCAUCAUUAUCAUCUUGGCUGUUCUCUCAAUUCCAAAUCUUGCAACCUUUGGUCCAACCAAUUCUGCACCACUUUUUUUGACUCCAAGUCGCCUUCUCGUAUUCAUCAUCGGUUUUCUCAUCGGAUUCUCUGAUUUCUGUGUCACAAUGGCGCGUGCCGUCAUUUGUCAAGUUGCUGUUCCAGACUGUCGCAUGCAGGUCUUCUCAUUGUCAAAGUUGUAUCAGAGUGGUUCAUCUGUGAUCGUCCUUCUCCUCACUCCAUACAUGACAAUCUACAUCUGGCUGUGCGUCCUCACCGUAUUCCUCUUCAUUGGUACCACUGGAUUCGUGAUUGUCGCCCGUCGAACCACGGCUGACCGUCAGAAACAUUCAGUCGCCCAUCCAUCUCAAGCCCAACUUGCUGACAAGAUCUGA